UUCUCUCUCUUCGCGCCUUUACCAAAAUUAAAAUUUCAACGUAGACCCUACAAUUAUCACAAAUCUCAUUAGAUGACCCCACCAUUACCAACACAGGAGGUAAAGUGACUAGUAGUGACCAGUUCCUAGUAGUUUCUGCAAGAAACCCUAGCCACGGAGAGAACCCAUCUGGAUCAAGAAAGCAAAAAUGGGUGUGUUGGUUUGGGUAUUCUCAGCAAUUUUGGCAUCAACCCUUUUCAGCUCUCUCUCUCUUGCUCUCACUCAAGAUGGUAUUACAUUGCUGGAACUCAAAACAACUUUGAAUGAUACCAAGAACUUUCUGAGCAACUGGGAUGAUUCUGAUAACACUCCUUGCAACUGGACUGGUAUCACUUGCAAUCCAGCUGACAGUACAGUUUUCUCUAUAAAUCUACCUUAUAUGCAACUUUCUGGGAUAAUUUCUCCAAGCGUUGGAAAACUCAGUAGUUUACAGAGACUGGCACUUCACCAGAACAGCUUACAUGGCGUUAUUCCUAGUGAAAUUGGAAAUUGUUCUGACCUCAGAGCCCUGUACUUGAGGGCUAAUUAUCUCCAAGGAGGCAUACCAUCAGAUAUUGGGAAUCUUUCUUCACUCACAAUAAUGGAUUUGUCAAGCAACUUACUUAAGGGUGCCAUCCCUUCAUCUCUUGGCCGUCUAACACGCCUCCGGUCUCUAAAUAUAUCUACCAAUUUUUUAUCAGGUGAAAUCCCAGAUGUUGGAGUACUAAGCACUUUUGGAAACGAUUCGUUUAUUGGCAAUUUAGACCUCUGUGGCCGACAAGUGAACAAACCAUGUAGAACAUCACUAGGAUUCCCAGCGGUGCUACCACAUGCUGAAAGUGAUGAAGCUACAGUACCUACAAAGCGAUCGUCUCACUACAUCAAAGGGAUCGUGAUUGGCGCGAUGUCCAUCUUGGGUCUUGUGCUUGUCGUGCUACUUAGCUUCCUAUGGAUAUGGUUUCUAUCGAAGAAGGAAAGGGCUGCUAAGAAAUAUACGGAAGUCAAAAAACAAGUUCAUCACGAUACCGGCACCAAACUUAUCACUUUCCAUGGUGACCUUCCCUAUCCGUCAUGUGAGAUCAUAGAAAAGCUAGAAUCCCUUGACGUAGAGGAUGUUGUGGGAUCCGGUGGAUUUGGUACUGUCUAUCGGAUGGUCAUGAAUGAUUGUGGUACAUUUGCGGUUAAAAGGAUUGAUCGGAGCCGUGAAGGAUCUGAUCAGGUUUUUGAGAGGGAGCUGGAGAUAUUAGGCAGUGUCAAGCACAUAAAUCUUGUCAAUUUGAGAGGGUACUGCAGGCUCCCUUCGCAAAAGCUCCUUAUCUAUGACUAUUUGGCCAUGGGAAGCUUGGAUGAUUUCUUGCAUGAACAUGGAGAAGGAAAACGAUCCUUGAACUGGAAUGCUCGUCUAAGAAUAGCAUUUGGCUCUGCACGGGGUUUGGCAUACUUGCAUCACGACUGCUGUCCAAGGAUAGUUCAUCGGGAUAUAAAGUCCAGCAAUAUACUCCUUGACGAAAACCUAGAACCUCGUGUCUCAGAUUUUGGCCUUGCCAAGCUUUUGGUAGAUGAGGAUGCCCAUGUGACAACGGUGGUUGCUGGAACUUUUGGUUAUUUGGCACCAGAAUAUCUGCAGAGUGGAAGAGCCACUGAGAAGUCAGAUGUGUAUAGCUUUGGAGUCCUCCUGUUAGAGCUUGUAACCGGAAAGAGACCCACAGAUCCUUCUUUCGUUAAACAAGGCCUAAACGUUGUUGGUUGGAUGAACACUCUGCUAAGAGAGAACAGAUUGGAAGACGUAGUGGAUAGAAGAUGCACCGACACGGAUGCUGAAACCGUAGAAGCAAUCAUAGAGAUAGCAGCGAAAUGCACCGCUGCAAAUCCAGAUGACAGGCCAGCGAUGCAGCAAGUGCUGCAGUUUUUAGAGGAAGAGGUUAUGUCGCCUUACCCUAGCGAUUUCUACGACUCUCAUUCCGAUUAUGCUUGAUCUCCUUUUCACCUUUCCAUGGGGUGUGUAUAUUAGAGUCUUGUAAGUGCAUUCUUCUUGCACUUUUUUUUUUGUUGUUGAUGCGGAUGAUUCUCUUGAUAUUGUGAAAGCUUUAUGAAUAUGAUCUGGUCCAAAUUUUGCGC